UCUUACAAAAAAAACCACUAAAAAAACACAUUCCUAAACAAACAAACAAAAUCACAAAUUAAUAUUAUUGUAUUUGUGAUUUUGACUCUUUAGAAUUCCAUCGGCAGCAUAGAAUCAUCAGCAACUCCGACCAAACUACGAAACCCAACAAAACGAAUUUUAAAUGGAACGCUGGAGUAGAGUUUUGAGAGUCCCGUUGCUUUCUAACAGCGAGACAUUCCUUAGAGUUGGUGCAUCUCUUUGCCUUUCUUCUGAAAUAGGAACUUUGAGUGUGCCUAUAGCAAAUGCAAUCUUUUUCUGUGGUGAUCGAGUUGAAAGGACCAGUAACCCAGUGAUUGAGAAACUUUCAGAUUUACAGAAACUAUCUGAAAUUAUCGUGUCCAAAUUUGGUCCUUUCAUAAAUGCUUGGGUUAUUGAAGCUUCUGUUUUCAAUGGACCGUUUGCUGUCUAUAAGGACUUUAUACCAUCUGUGAAUCAAUAUGGAGAGCCAAGGUCGUACCAUCCAACUGGAUUCCCGGCAUCUACAUCAACCGUCUCACUUCUAUCUAAUUGCCUUCAAGAAGUAAAAAAAAUCAUUUCAGAAAGGCAAGUAGACACUCCUUCCUGUUGUUUUCAUCAGCCAAAGACAAUCAUCCUUGGAUUUAGCAAAGGUGGAACAGUACUUAAUCAGAUAGUUACUGAACUUGGCUUUGCAGAUAUUGGAUCUAAUGUGAAUUCAGUUGAUGAGGAGAUUUCCAUAGUACCUCAAACAAAGGAAGCCUUACUGAACAGCAUCAGUGAGAUUCAUUAUGUUGAUGUUGGUUUGAACUCAACUGGUGCAUACUUAACAAACCAUGAUGUAUUUGAGAGAAUCUCUAAAAGGCUCAUACAAGGAGCACGUAAACUCCGCUUUGUCCUUCAUGGAACGCCGAGACAAUGGACUGACGAGCAGCGAGACUGGAUACGGAAGGAAAAGGAUAAAAUGUUGCUUCUUCUUGAAUUGGAAGCCAGCAAGAGCAAGGGGAAGUUAGAAGUUUUAUCAAGGUAUUAUUUUGCUGAUAAGCUUCCAAAUAUGCAGAUGCACUUUGAAAUAAUUGAAAGCUUAGAUGUAAGUUAGUACACUACCUAGGUCUCCUGAAAUGUCUUACUUAUAUGGUGUUUUGCUGAAUAUAUGGGGCAUCUACUUUUAAAAUCCACCAACAUUACUAUCAGUGUACUUACUGGGUCUAAGAAAGUUAGGAGAACCCUUGUGGAGAAAUUGUUGAUGACAUGGGUGCUGGCUUGGUCGAUAGUAUCUUUGUGGAUCUUCUGUUGUACGAGCUUACAAGUCACUGACAAGAGGAAAGAAACUCUUACUAGCAUGUGUCAUGAAAAAGCUAUGAUGCUACAAGAUCCGUUUAAUUUUAUUAUGAACCAUAUUCAAGCCAUAUCUAUGCGGACACUAACUUUCCAUUAUGCCGAAAAGUUCCUCUGCCAUUGACCAGGUACCUAAUCGCUCUUCACUGUCCUGUAAAUCAGAAUCUAAUUCAAUUGUGUACUAUUUAGUAGCUUUAUCUUUUCCCUGUGAAAUGGCUUCUGCAUAUGUGUAUUUUUACUAAUCAGGAUGAUUGUAAAUAUAUCGUGUGCUGCUCGGAUGAUUAUCUUUGGAACAAUUAUUUUCUCUACAAAACUAGUUUAACAGACGAUUCUCAAUUGUGAACAAAUGUUAAUACAGUUUGCAAAGAGUUGAUUCAUACCUCGCAAGAGCGUGAGUUCAACUCCUGUUAUAUGAGAAGCUCUUUGGUGGAUAAUCAGUUAGUAUGUACUAACCUUCAUGAGUCGCAACAACAACUCAAGAAGAAUAUGGAUUCAAACAGAGCAAAAA